UAUUCUCUGUUGUAUUCCCUGUUCUUCUUGUUGUCUUCUUGUUGUCAUCUUGUUGUCUCUAUUACCAUGUCUGAACGUGUCAUCGUCGUCGGCGGCGGCCUCUCCGGCCUCUCCGCUGCCCACCAGCUCCUCAUCAACGGCGCAAACAUCGUCGUCCUCGACAAACAAGGCUUCUUCGGCGGAAACUCCACCAAAGCCACCUCCGGCAUCAACGGCGCCCUCACCCGCACCCAGGUCGACCUCAAGAUCCAGGACUCGGUCCAGCAGUUUUACGACGACACCAUGAAGUCCGCCCGCGACCUCGCCCGUCCGGACCUCAUCCGCGUGCUCACCUACAACUCCGCCGCCGCCGUCGAGUGGCUCCAGGACGUCUUCAAACUCGACCUCACCCUCGUCUCCCGCCUCGGCGGACACUCGCAACCCCGCACCCACCGCGGCCACGACGCAAAGUUCCCCGGCAUGGCCAUCACCUACGCGCUCAUGGAGAAGAUCGAGGACUACGCCGAGCAGAUCCCCGACCGCGUGCAGAUCGUGAAAAAGGCCCGCGUCACUAAGCUUCUCAAAGACCCCUCCGACGACCUCAAAGUCACCGGCGUCGAGUACCAGACCGAAUCCGGCGAGACCAAGCAGCUCUUUGGCCCCGUCGUCCUCGCGACCGGUGGCUACGCCGCCGACUUCACAGAGACCUCGCUCAUCAAAAAGUACCGCCCCGAGAUCUUUGGUCUCGCGACCACAAACGGCACGCACGCCACCGGCGACGGCCAAAAGCUCGUCAUGGCCGCCGGCGGCACCGGCAUCGAUCUCGAAAAGAUCCAGGUCCAUCCUACCGGUCUCGUCGACCCCAAGGACCCCGACAACAAGUGGAAGUUCCUCGCGGCUGAGGCCCUCCGCGGUGAAGGUGGCAUCCUGCUCAACGCUGACGGCGAGCGCUUCUGCGACGACCUCGGCCACCGCGACUACGUCUCUGGCGAGAUGUUCAAGACCAAAUUCCCCAUCCGCCUCGUGCUCACCGGCAAGGCCUCUAACGUGCUUGACUUCCACACCAAGCACUACUCUGGCCGCGGUCUGAUGAAGAAGAUGACCGGCCGCGAGCUCGCGGCCGAGAUUGGCUGCGGCGAAGAGAAGCUCAAGGCCGUGUUUGCCGAGUACAACGACAUCGCCGACGGCAAGAAGAAGGACAAGUACGGGAAAAAAUACUUUGCCAACGGGCCGUUUGACAUCAACGACACAAACUUCCAUGUCGCGCUCAUGACCCCCGUCCUGCACUUCACCAUGGGCGGCGUCGAGAUCAACGACAAAGCUCAGAUCCUGCACUCGGGUUCCAAGAAACCGUUUGACGGCCUGUUUGCCUGCGGCGAGCUCGCGGGCGGCGUCCACGGCGCAAACCGGCUCGGCGGGUCGUCCUUGCUUGGAUGUGUGGUCUACGGACGCGUGGCAGGCGACUCGGCAUCGCAGUAUCUGUUCCAGAAAGUGCUCAAGCAGGGCGGCGCUUCGAGUGCUGGUCAGCGUCUUGGGAAGAUCAGUCUGCACAUCGAUCCCAGUCUCCCCGGCCAAGUCGUCGUUGACUGGGGUACCGGCUCCUCUGGUCCUGCUCUGACCGCUCCUACUCCCUCCUCCUCCUCCUCCUCCUCCUCUGCUCCGUCCUCCUCAGCCGACACUGCCUCGUCCGCGCCCACCCCCGCCUCCUCAGAAAAGAAAGCCUUCUCGAUCCCGACCACGGAAUACACCGCCGCCGACGUCGCAAAACACAACAAAAAGGACGACUGCUGGGUGAUCGUCAAGGGCCUCGUCAUGAACCUGACCUCGUUCCUGCCCGACCACCCCGGCGGCGUGAACGCGAUCGUCAACUUUGCCGGCCGCGACGCGACCGAGGAGUUUGAGAUGUUGCACGAGGACCGCGUGAUUCCAAAGUAUGCGGCAGAGAGUGUUAUUGGGCGGGUGAAGGGGUCGAAUCCGGUGUUGGAGCUGUAGUGCUGCUGCCGUAGUAUCUUUUUAUAUUGUUUCUACUUUAGUUUAGUUUUGGUACCUGGCGUAUCAAAUCAACAAUCAAUCUGCUUGUGUUUAUGUUUAAGAACUUCUUCAGUGUCAUACACAAUAAGAGGUUAUACUUCUACAAAUCACUGUAGAACAACGACCUACGAAAACACGAGAUUAUAGACCAUAUAUAUAGAUUGGGCGUGAACGAU